AUGGAUGAGCACAGUGUCGGCGCGCUUUUCUCGGCCGCCAAGCAAGGACGUGUCGAAGAGCUGGCCUCCCUGCUGGACGAACAUCCAGAGCUGGUCCAUGCACGGAGCGAUCCAGCCCACCACCACACCCUUCUUAUCCUCGCCGCGUGGCACGGCCGUACGUCAGUUGCUGCGUUAUUGCUGGACAGGGGGGCGGACCCAAACGCGGUCAAUUUGGAAGGGCGGACGCCGCUCUGGUUUUCCUGCUGCGGGGGUCAUGUGGAAACGGCCGCUUUGCUUCUCUCACGCGGCGCCAAGCCCAGUGUGCGCAAGGAGGGGGGCUCAACCUCCCUCAUGGCGGCCGCGUGGACAGGACACCUACCCGUGGCCCGCCUCAUCCUUGACCAUGCCGCCCGCGGUUCGGAAGGGGACGGCGUUCCCGUAGCACCGCACGACGAAGUCCGGCGUUUGUUGGACGAGCAGAACAAGGACGGAUGCUCGGGUCUUUGGUUCGCGGCUGGCCAUGGGCGGGCGUCGAUGGUCCGUCUGUUGUUGAGUCGUGGAGCGGAUUUCCUCCAGGCGGAUUGCGACGGGUACACCGCCUUGCACGUGGCACGUCUCCGAGGCUACGACGACUGUGCCCUACUCUUGGAGGAGACGGAGCGGGCCUACUGGCUUUACCAAGCGCGUCGGCUGUUUGACGACACGGCGACCCUCGCCAGCCUCCCCCGGGCAGGGACGCGUGCGUGCUUCCAGCGGCGCCGUCAACAAUUGACGCCGAAUUAUCUUCGGAUCCGGGCAGAACUGGGGGAGAAAUUCCCGUCCCCGCGGGUCUUGAACCAGGAGGUGAAGGGCGAGCUUGGAUCGGAGCAUAGGGAGGAAGCGCAUGGAUACAGGUGUCCUUCUCCUUUUUCUCCGGCCGAGGAACUCUCGGAAGCGGGGUUGGAAGGUGCAAGCUGCGACUGCAAGCACCUGGAUGGUCGCAGGAGCAGCGCCCGGAAGAGGAUGCGUGAGGAUCCUCACGCGGCUGUUUCCCGUGACAAUGCCGUUUCCCCUCCCUGUCCGUCUUCCACCAAUCCCUGCUUCGUUGCCGCCACCUCCUCCUCUUCCUUCUCCUCUUCCUCCUCCUCCGUAUCAAGCGCGGGCGAGGAGGAUCAAGAGGCGUUCGUACGUGGGGGAGGGAUGGAUCCGGGUCGGGCCGGCACUCGGACACGGGGCAGCAAGAGGAAACGGUCGAAUUGCCAUCCUUUCGCCUUGGCCCACUCCUCCACGUCUUCCUCGGACCCGUCCUGCAUGGAGGCCGCAGGGGCGGCCACCCCCACAGCCACGAAAUCCACCCCCACGUCCCUUGCAGAGGCGGCCGCAAAGGCGGCGGCAGCGGAGGAGCGUCAGGAAGUGCUGCAGUAUGUGGUCCAGGACCUCAAGAGUGAGCUCUUUGUCGAGCUGGUGGGUUUCAUUACCGCGGCGGCCCCGCAGCAACCAUGA